UUUUAAAUAACUUUAGCGUCAAAAUGGCGACUCACUAUUUAUUUCGAAUGCUACUAAAGAUCUAGAGCUAUUGUAGUGAACAUGGAAUAUCACGCUACUAAAUAUCAAAGAGCUAAAAAUCCAUUUGCAGAAAACCCAGUGCCAAAGCCUUUUUAUUAUCCUAGUCCAACUAAAGAUAUUGAUGAGCAUGAGGCAAUAUGUAGCCCAGGAUGGAGCAGAAGAAAGCCCCUUGAAGAGAAAUGUGUGAAAGACAACAUUCAGUUGUCAACAUCACCAUUGCCUCAUAUUCAAACAUUGAACAGUUAUGGACAUGAUCUGUCAUCAGUUGGAGACAGUCACUUAGAUGAAACUUGGCCAAAUAGUGAAAGAUCUUCAUCAUUUAGUGUGGUAAGAGAUGAUGAUGAUACAACAUUGAACUUAGAUUCUGCAGUUGCCAGCCAUCCACAGAGUAACAUCGCUGAUAUUGUGAAGAACUUGGAAAGUCUUGCCACUAAAUACAAAUCUGCCAAAGGAGGCAAGGAAGUGAAAGAUAAAGAGGCAUCUGAAUCGGUUUUGAAAAGAUAUAUUGAAAGAUUUAGAAAUUCAGAUCCCAAGCCAAGAGAGGAGAGAUUGAAGGAAAAUGAAAAAAAUAAACAAGAUUUCUGGUGGCUGGAAUCAUCUCCAGGUAGUGCUGCCAGUCAAAAUGACCCAGCUGAUGAUAGAAGACAUCCAAACUUAAGAAGAAUCAACCAAAAAGUUGUCCCUGAAGCCCAGACUAAACAACAGCUUACUAAAGAAGCUCUUUUUGCUGUGGAUGAGGAAACUCUGAAAUUACAGCAUAAAGCAGACAGACUGUUGUCUCAGAGUGCAUCAAGUAUAACAUCUGGUCCCAUUGUGAGCACAGCUGGAUUAGGAUCAUCAACUACUAGGAGUGAGCUUAGUUCUAUAAAUGAUGAACCACCAUUUAGACCUUUAUUUGUGAAAAAUGAAGUAAUCAGAAGGGAAAAUCCAUCAUUUACCUCAGCAGCUAGAGCAGGGUUAGAUUUUUAUUCAAACAAGCACCAGGCACCUGGCCUCCCUGCUGAUGAUAUACUGCUACGCUGGAGGCUAAGUAGAAAACUUGAUUCAUCCUAUAUGCAUCCAUCUACAGCUGCCACGGUACCUAAGAAUCUUGAUCCUCGCCUUGAAGAGUUUCGGAAAAAGUUGCUUUCCCAGAAGGCAUUGGUCACAAAGGAAGAUAUAUACUUUGAGAGACAACGAAUGGCAAUGUUACUAGAUGAUGAAGAUAUUACAAAGAAAAAGGCUCCUAAAACUCAGAAAGAUGUUCCAACACUUCAGUCUGAUCCAAUUUUGGAAAGAAUGAAUAAAAUCACCAAUAACAUAGAUUUAAUGAAGCCCCCCAUAAUGACCACGUUUCCAGUCUCAUCUGACAAUUCUCAGCCCAGACAUCAGGGUCACAACAUGAAUGGCAGUAAUGCUGAAACUAAAUUAGAUCAUGAACUCUCUUCAUCUGAGCAGCUGAAAAACAUUUCAGAAGGAAAUAAAAAUAAUACAGCUUCUUCAGGGGUGCAUUCACAAUUGUCUGUGCCACAAAUGGUCUAUGUUGAUAGCUCCGUUCAAGUUUCUAUAGACCACUUUGGAUCUCAAGUUGUUUGUGAUCCCAAAGAAAAGAAAUACUUGCUUCAUUCUGACUACAAGGUUUCUGGUGAGGGUGAUUCUAAAAAAAAUAGCCAUAAGAUAUCUACAGAAGUUUCCCACACAAUAUCUGGAGUCUCUCAACACAGCAACAAAUAUGCACAAGAAAAAAUGACAGAGUCAGGCGAUUCAAUAGAAGCUAGUAGUGGCCAAGUCUUGGAACAGAAUGGUCUUGUUAGUAGGGCAUCAUCUAACAAACAAUCCAGAAAAUCUGAAGUAAAUUAUCAUCAGUUUCUGGAAGCUGAGAAACCCAUAGAUGAUAAUAUUGAUCCUGAUGUCAGAAUAGAUAAGUCUCAUAAAAGACCCAGUUACCAAGAGAAUGUGUCUGUAUCAUCUUCCUCAGACCAUGAAGGAAAUGAGAGACUAAGAAAUAUCAUCAGUGGUAAAAGAUUGCGCAACACAAAGGGUAAAGACCAUGAUGAAGUGAUUAGCUCAGCAAGUAGUGAUGUUUCUGUCACCUCCAGCAUCAAAAGUAAUUCUGGUCAAAGAAAGGAAGUCAAACUCAGAUCUACCAACAAAAGUGAUAGUUUUGAGCAUUCUAAAGUAACUAAGCCUGAUAAGGAUAAGGAAAGAAAAUCAGAUCAUCUUACAGAGGAUCUGGUAGAAAAAGAGCAUAGCAAAAACCUUGGAUUUAAGAAAAGUAAAACAUCCAAAAGAAAUAAAGUAGCAGAGUCGUACCCUUCCAUUUUGAAACCGUCACAAUCAUCUGAAUCUAUCCCAGCAUUACAUUUAAAGCAUCCUGUAAAUUCAGCCAUUGGCCAGACUAUCAGAGAGCAGAUGUUUGAGGGGCACUCACUUUUCUCAAGUGUGGACAGCUGGGCAUCAAUGUUUCCUCAGUCCCCUGGGCCAGUACAUUCCCUCCUUGAUUCUCACCAAACUCCAUCACCCUCUCCCAGGCUUGAGCAGACUUCAGAGCACAAGCAGCUUCAAAGUACACCAAUAGACAGGCCUUCAAAUGAUUUAGCUGGUGCAAACGAAGGUGAUGACUAUCAAUCUGAUGGAGAGUUUAGUGAUGAUCCCCUCUUGAUGAUAUUACGAGAACAGAAAAAUAAUUUUUUGAAGCUGUUGCAAAUGGUAGAAUUCAAACUUCAAGAAACAUAACUUGAAAACUGUCAAGUGCCUUUUAAAUUAGUGAUAUAUUAAAUUAUUUAUUAUUUUGGAAAAUGUUUUUUUUUUGUUAAUAAAAGUUAAAAUUAUUCUUUAAA